UCCUUCUCCAUAAUUUAGACUUAAUUGAUUUUAUGAAAGUGAGCUGCGAGUUUAAUUAGAGAGAGAAGCUGUUAAUUAGAGAGAGAAGGUGCAGGAUUUGAUAGAGAGAGAAAGAUGGGUAGGGCUCCAUGUUGUGACAAGGCUAAUGUGAAGAAAGGACCUUGGUCUCCUGAGGAGGAUGCAAAGCUCAAGUCUUACAUAGAAGAACAUGGAACUGGCAACAACUGGAUUGCUCUCCCUCAGAAAAUUGGCCUGAAGAGGUGUGGAAAAAGCUGCAGGCUAAGAUGGCUGAACUAUCUCAGGCCAAAUAUAAAGCAUGGUGGCUUCUCAGAAGAAGAAGACCGAAUCAUAUGCAACCUCUAUAUCAGUAUUGGCAGCAGAUGGUCAAUCAUAGCAGCUCAGCUUCCAGGAAGAACUGAUAAUGACAUCAAGAACUACUGGAACACUAGGCUUAAGAAAAAGCUUCUUGGUCGCCGAAGAGACCUUCUUCCAUCACAGUUCCGCCAGCUGGCUACUGCCAAUCAGAAACUUAAUCACGAGGGCUGCAACCCUACCCCUAAUCCUAACCCUAAUCCUAACCCUAACCCUAACCCUAAUGAACCAUCACAAACCCUAACAACAUCAGCUCUUGAAAGGUUACAACUCCACAUUCAGCUACAAGGCCUCCACAGCCCCUUCUCUUACAACAAUACAUCCCUUUGGCCCCAUACUAAGGUCUUGCAAACCCUAAACAGUGCUGAUCAUUCCAUUGCCAGUUCAACUGUAUCACCAUUGAAGCAUUUUCAGCAAAUCAAUACCAAUUAUAUGAUCGCAAACAUACAGGAACAUGUAGGGAUUCCUUCUUCUUCAUGUUCCAACAAUAACCUUGAGGCCGAGCUCCAUAACUUGCUCUAUGGCUAUAAGGAGAACUAUCAACUCACACAAGCGGAUUGCUUGAAAGAAAUCAUGAAUGAUCAGAAGGGAUUGGAAUAUUGGGGGGAAAUCAAUGAUUUUGAGGAGAAAUUAUCGUCAAUUUCGUGGGAUUCGACUCUUCAAUCAGAUACUGUGUUUAUUCAAGAUUAUGGACAUGGUUAUGAUCAAUAGUCUUACUUCCAGUAUGGAGUUUGGAUGCUUUUAUUUAUGGGUAAAGAUUGUAUGAGGAAUUAUUGCUGUAAAGGAGUUAAUU